AUGGAACGGCCCUACGAGCCCCUGUCCUGGGGUUUAGGGGCGUCUCCUGUGCACUCUUGGUCUCCCUUCCUCCCCGCACCCUCCCUCCUGGCCGGGAACCUCGGCUGUCGCUCUGGCCGCCGCGCUUUGCCUCUUCUCCCGAGAUCCCGGCUCACUGGCCGCCGUUGCCUUCUGACCGCCGAGUACGUGGGAGGGACCUAUGUCUCUUGGGGUCAAGAUUCAGUUGUCAUGGAAGAUGUGGCUGUGGUGUUUAGCCAGGAAGAGUGGGCUUUGCUGGAUCUUGUUGAGAGGAAUCUCUACAAAGAUGUGAUGAUGGAAACCUUCAAAAACCUGGCCUCAAAACAAAAAUUUCUUUCCAAAAUUGUGUUGCUUAUUUUUAACAGGAGUCAUACAGUGGAGAAGCUCUGUGAAAAUAUGGAAGACAGUCAAUAUGAGAAAACUUUCAGCUUGAUUUCAAAUCUUCCUGUGCUAAAAAGAAAUUCUCCAGAAGGAAAUCCUUUUGAAUGCUGUGGAAUUAUGCCUUAUGAAUGUAAACAGUGUGGGAAAGCCUUCAGUCGUUCUUCAGGCCUCACCAGACAUGUAAGAAUUCACAGUGGAGAGAAGCCUUAUGAGUGUAAGCAAUGUGGGAAAGCCUUUAAUCGAUCCUCACACCUCUCUGAACAUACGAAAACUCACAGUGGAGUGAGGCCUUAUGUGUGUAAGGAGUGUGGAAAAGCCUUUAUUCAGGCCUCUCACCUUACUACACAUUUACGAACUCACAGUGGAGAGCGGCCUUACGAAUGCCAGCAAUGUGGCAAAGCCUUUAGUGAGGCCUCAUCCCUCACUCAACAUGUAAGAAGUCACAGUGGAGAGAAGCCUUACGAAUGUAAAGAAUGUGGGAAGGCCUUUAAGUGUUCCUCACACCUCACUAAACAUAUAAAAACUCACAGUGGAGACAGACCGUAUGAGUGUAAGGAGUGUGGGAAGGCCUUUACUGAGGCUUCAUCUCUCACUCUACAUUUAAGAAGCCACAGUGGGGAGAGGCCUUAUGAAUGUAAAGAAUGUGGAAAAGCGUUUAGUCAAUCAUCAAAUCUCAUUACACACAUAAGGACUCACAGUGGAGAGAGGCCUUAUGAGUGUAAAGAGUGUGGAAAAACCUUUAGGUGUUCCUCACACCUCACUGAACACAUAAGAACACACAAUGGAGAGAGGCCUUAUGAAUGCAAGGAAUGUGGGAAAGCCUUUAACCGGGCUUCAUCCCUCACCACACAUGUAAGAACUCACAGUGGGGUUAAGCCUUAUGAUUGUAAUCAGUGUGGGAAAGCAUUUAGUUGUUCUUCAGCCCUCACUACACAUGUAAGAACCCACACUGGAGAGAGGCCCUAUGAGUGUAAGGACUGUGGCAAAGCCUUCAGCUGUUCCUCAUCCCUCACUACACAUACACGAACUCACAGUGGAGAGAAACCUUUUGAAUAUCUGUUGUAG